AUGGGGUUGGGCAAGUAUAUGGGAGUGUCGAAGCCUGAAAAUGGCAGAGACAGUGAAGAUGACUCUGACCUCGAAGGGCUCCUCCAUGAUCCUCAAAGUGGUGCAGUCUCACGAUCGCCUAAAGCUCGCAGAUGGGGUUUGUCAUCGAUCUUCCAUUGGAUAGCCCACGCUAUAACAAUAAUCCUCAUCCUCGGACUGUAUGUUCGCUCAGAUCCCCAAAGAUCCACGAAAUUGUCAAUAUACUCACCCUUGAUAGAAGCCAUUGGAGACACCUCUCGGAUUGAAACCUUUAAGGGAACCCUUUGGCAGAGCAGCCCAUAUCAUGGUCCCCCAACCGACGAGGUGAUGGCUGCAUGGAAGCAUAUUGCCCAUAUACCUCUCCUGAACGUAACAGCGGAGGAGAUGUCGCGAAUGGGUCAUUCUCUCGACUCAGUCCAAUAUCCCCCCGAGCGCGGCGGAGGAUACGUUGCCCAGUUUGAAGCGAUCCAUCAAUUGCACUGCCUGCAUUCCCUCUGGCAGGAUCACCAUUACCAGAAACACCCCGAGAUGUUUCCGGAGCUCACCGAGGAAAGAAAUGCGUUUCCCGACGUGGCCGAGGAGCACUAUGAGCAUUGUGUGAAUAUGCUGCGACAGCGAUUAAUGUGCACGCCCGACCCCAACUUCGUGGCCUGGCGCUGGGUGGAAGGCGUUACUGGACCCUAUGCCGACUUCAACACUCCGCAUGUCUGCCAGGACUAUGAAGCGUUGCUCGAGUGGGGAAGAAGCCGUGCGGUUGAUGCGGACGUGGUUGAGGAUUUUUAUUCCUGGAUUCCACCUGCAGAUGCCGUGGUAUUGUCGCAAGCGCCUUGA